GGCCCGCCAAUUUUGAAGGAUGUAAACAAUGUAGGCUAGCUACUGACUUUGUAAAUCGUCUUGCUGUGAAGAAACUUUAUUUUACCUCGUAACGGUUAAUACGUCUUCGACAACAAUGAAUUCCAGUGGAAAAGGAUGUGGAGACUCAACUCUUCUUGCUGCCAGUGGUGACAGCGAUUCCAUUAAAGUUUUUGUCCGAGUACGACCUCUGACCCAGGGUACUGGGCUGACCACAGAUGGGGAUCAGAGUCUUUGUCUUGCAGUCACCUCACCCAACACCAUCCGUCUGCUCUCAAAACCAGAACCCCGAACCUUCACCUAUGAUCAUGUUGCAGAUAUGGACACAUCCCAGGACUCUGUAUUCAACAGUGUUGCCAAGAAUAUUGUUGAGUCUUGCAUGAAUGGAUAUAACGGCACCAUAUUUGCUUAUGGACAAACUGGCUCAGGAAAAACGUUCACCAUGCUUGGGCCAUCUGAGUUGGACAACUUUACAGAUGAACUUAGGGGGGUUAUUCCUCGAAGUUUUGAGUACUUGUUUUUUCUUAUCAACAGAGAAGUGGAAAGGUCUUCCAAGUCCAAGAGUUUCCUUUGCAAGUGUUCAUUUAUUGAGAUAUACAAUGAACAAAUUUAUGAUCUUCUGGACACGGCCUCUGCCAGCCUUUUCCUCAGAGAGAAUAUCAAGAAAGGUGUGUUUGUCGAGGGAGCUGUGGAGAAGUUUGUGAACUCAGCAGCUGAAGCCUAUCAGGUGCUGUCUAUGGGCUGGCGCAAUCGUCGCGUAGCCUCCACCUCCAUGAACCGUGAGUCUUCCAGAUCUCACGCAGUGUUCACUAUGACUUUGGAGUCCAAAGAGUCCAUCAAUGAAGUGGUGAAUAUCCGAAUGUCUCAGCUGAACCUGGUUGAUCUGGCAGGAUCAGAGAGACAGAAAGACACCCACACAGAUGGCUCUAGACUCAAGGAGGCCAGCAGCAUCAAUCGUUCUCUCAUGUGCCUGGGCCAGGUGAUUAUGGCACUGGUGGAUGUGUCUAAUGGGAAGAACCGUCACAUCUGCUACAGGGAUUCUAAACUCACCUUCUUGCUCAGGGACUCUCUUGGAGGAAAUGCAAAGACCUACAUCAUAGCUAAUGUACAUCCUGGUUCAAAGUGUUUUGGAGAAACUUUGUCCACUUUACAGUUUGCCCAGAGAGCAAAGUUAAUCAAGAAUAAGGCUGUCAUCAAUGAAGACACACAGGGAAAUGUGAAGCAGUUACAGGCUGAGGUGAGGAAGCUGAAGGAGCAUCUUGCUCAGGUGCUGGCAUCUCAGGGAGUAGACUAUGGGAGAGAUGUUGCACCAGGAGGACCUGAACUCCCCAUGGGUUCAUCUAUUGGACAUCAACACGAUGUGUCUGAUAAAUCAAAGUUUAUGUCUGCUGUUCGUCUGUGGAAGAAAGUAGAUGAGGAGAAGAAGAUGCUGCUCAAGAAGGUGGCACAGCUCGAAGAGGCCUGGACACAAAAAGACAAGUUCAUUCAUUCCAGCAGAAUGAUCAUCAGGUUUCGAGAAGACCACAUCGCUCGCCUUGAGAAUAAGCUGAAGACGGGACAACCCUCUUUGUCAGACAUGCAUUCUCAGGCUUUGACUAAUCAGCUGAAAGAAGAGAUCAAAAUCCUGAGAGAUCAGGUUGAACAUCAUCCGAAGAUGACUCGAUAUGCAGCAGAGAAUUGCAGCCUCAGAGAGGAGAACCGUCAACUACGUUCUCUUGAAUCUUUGAUGAACGCUGAAGAGGUUGCAGCCCAAGUUGCUGCUGAGCUGGAAGAGGCCUUUCAGAGGGCUGUGGAGUUAGAUAAAGUUAAAGAAACUUCCACAGUCUCAUCCAGCUCCGUGGCAACGGAUUCUGCAUCUGCAGCCACAAUUGAAAGGCUGAAUGCAAAGCUGCUUCAGAAACAGUCAGACCUCACAGCUGCCCUCCGGGCCUUUGAAGAGUACAAAGAAGUCACCAAGAAACAAUUGUCACAGUUGGAGUCUGAGAAAAGAUAUCUUGACAAGUCCAACAGACAUUUAGAAAACAUUUUGGAAGCCACACAUGCUCAUAAAAAGCAGGAGGUCUCUGAACUGAACAGAAUUCAUGUUGAAACUAUAAAGAUUCUCACCACACCCACCAAAGCAUACAACCUGCGGUCCCGUCUUGUGCCCCUGUCCAGUCCAGAGCACCUGAAUGGGAAUGACAGUGAUGGAGACAACAUUUGGUCUGAGCCGCCUCCAUCAGACAUGGCUGAGAUGGCGCUGACAGAAGAGCUUCGUCAAGUGCAGGAACAAGUGAGUCGUGUCCAGACACAGUUAAAUGAGGAGGAGCUGAAGAACACCAAGUUAUUGCAGCAAAUUGCAAAACUUGAGGAGCAGAUUUCUGUAAUAUCGCUAGAGUCUGAUCACAAGGACGAGCAACUCUCUGCUGAGAGAGCAAACAGGAGCAAAGAUCAGGUCACUGUUCAAGAAACUGUAAACAGCCUGCAGCAGAGCCUUGAGUCUGAGCAGCAAGCUGCAGAAGUUCUGAGGAGUGAGAUCCGUGAUCUACGUUUGGUACUACAGUCAUCUGACAAGGAGCUGGCCUCUGUGAGGAAUGAGCUAGGAGAUUGUCAGAGAGAACAUAAGCAAGAGAUGAGUCAGCUCUCCAACAGUCUUAUCAGCACACAGCUCCAACUUGAUAAAGUCCGACUGGAGUGGGAGCAGCUUCUGGAGCAACAUCGGACUCUGCAGGAUUCAUUUGACCAGCUGCAAGCUGAGGCUAAGUUUGAUGCUGAUCAGGCAAGACAGCAGCUGCAUGACAGGCAGCAGGAGAUUGAUCAGCUUAAAGCAGAGGUCACGGAUUUGAGUAAUUCCCUGCAGGCUGAGCAAGAGCGUACAACUAGUCUGAUCUCCCAGUUCAAAGAAAAUGAAGAAAGCACAUCAAAAGAACUUAUUGAAACUGUGGAGCAGAACAUGCAGCUCAGAAAACAAGUCUCAGACUUGACAAUACAAAAUCAACAACAGUCAUCCAAACUUGCUGAUCUGGAGCAGAAUUUGAUUGUUGCCAAUGAAAGGAUUAAAAGCUUUGAACAGAAGAACGAACAGGACAAAGAUGUCCUUUUAGACCUCAUGAACCAAACCCGAGACCUUCGUGGUGAACUGAGCCAAAAGGACGAGACCAUCAGCCACUUGUCUGGAGACAUUAAAGACAUCACAGCCAAAUACAAUGCUGCCUGCCUUGAAAGAGAAAACAUCAGGGAGCAAAACAGUAAGAUGCAGACAGAAAUCUGUGACCUGAAAGAAACUUUAGAAAGAACAGCAGCAUCCAACAAGAUAGAGGUUGAAGUACUACAGGAAGAGAUUGCCUAUGCCACUGAGGAGGUUGAUAGGCUUACUAAGGUAUUGGAUGAGCAGAACAGUCUCCUUCAAGCAUCUCAAGAGCAAACAGCCCAGAAAGAGGUCCUCAUAAAGAACCUGCAGCAGAAGGUGGAACAACAGCAAGAAGCUGUUGAAAAAACAAUCAGAAAUGGAGUUUUCAAACCCACUGAGCCAACAGUCACACCCCGAUCAAUCCAUCGGACCCCACAUACUCCAGGCAGCUUCAACAGAGACCUGGCUCAGGUGUUGGAGAGCCAGGAGCAAGAGCUGGAAAACAGACGGUCCUCCAUGAUGACCAUGGAGAUUCUUCUAGCAGAACUGAAUGCUGAGAGGGCUGCCAAGAAUGAGGAAAUCCAAAGACUCAAGGUGGAGCUGACUGAAAAAGAAGUGGUUCGACAAGAGAUCCAAGGUUUGCUUGACAAAUUUUACACCCAGAAGAACCAGCAGAUGCAAAAUGGAUCUAAUAAUAAUAGCGAGGAAUUUAAUGAAGCCAUCAGGCAGUCGUUACAGAAAGAGCUGCAGGAGGAAAGAGGAGAGAAGAGCAAAAUAGUGCAGAUGUUGUCUGAUACUAGAAAAAGACUUCAGGCACAGGAAUCUAUGCUGGCUCAGUCUCAGACUUGUGUUCAAGAGCUGACCACUGAGCUGAGGAACCGCUGUCUAGAACUGAGAGACCUGAGCCAGAGGAUACAUGAUGAGGAGAAACUAUUACAGGAGAAUGAAGUUCUUCGUAAGCAGAAUGUGAAGCUUUCAGAAGAAAAUGGAAAACUUGUGGGACACAAGAACCACAAGCAAAGGAUUGAAUAUCUGGUUAAGCUGAAAAAGGACAACACAAAACUUCAAGAGGAAAAUGAAAAGCUCCGAACAGAGAUCAGCUUACUGCAGGAGAACACUGGGUGUUCAGCACUGGACAUGAUGUAAACACCUUAUGUAUCACUAAACUGCAAACAUCUUUCUUAGUCUUUAUUUUUGUAAAAAGUUUUUUUAAUGAACUUAUUGUGGUUGUUAAUACAAAUUCUGAUUUAUGCUGGUACAGCAAUUUUUAUAAUAUGUUUUUAUAAUAUUAAUACUCUUGCAAUGUUUUCACGAAGAGAGAUACAGACACAGCAAUCUACAAAGACGACAGCAAACAAACAUUUCCAUUUGGCCGGUUCCAUCUUUUGUUGGUGUUGUUGGGCUGAGAUGGGGGUAAAAUUUGUACAUCUAGUGAGAUUCUCAUACAACAUAUUAAUAUUAAUAUUUUUUUGUAAUUUUAUCUGGUGCUGUAAUUGUUGAGUGACCUGUAACAAGCAUCAUAUUGAGAUGUACAAACAAGUUGGCAGAAUGUAUUGUUCUGUUUUAUUUUUUUAUCGUUAUAAAAUUUUUUUGUUACAUUAUACAGUAGUAAUUUUUGACUUGUCUCAUAUUUUGUAGUAUGUCUCAUGGAUAUAUAUAUAUAUAUAUGUGUGUGUGUAUGUAUGUGUGUAUGUGUGUAUGUAUGUAUGUGUAUA